AUGUCUGGCAGGAGAUCAAGAUCACGCGGGCGAUCAAGUUCACGCGGACGAUCUAGCACUUCUUCAACUCCAAGGAUGUCCGAUGAGCAGCAAAGAGAGCUCAUAAACAACCUGCGGUCGUUGAUACCAGAGCUUCGCAACAGGCCCGCGAACGAGGUAACGCCAGAGAGGGCCUUGGACGAGAUCUGCAACUACAUCAGGGACUUGCAGAAUCAGGUGGGUGACCUCAGCCAGAGGAUCGCCGGUCAGUUGGCCAACAUGGACAGUGCCCAAGCUGCCGCCAUCCGGAGGCUGCUGAGGCAGCUUAGUGGAGGAGACUCUUCUUAG